AUGAGCAAGAGUGCUAAUGAGGCCUAUGAAUUGCUUGAGGAAAUGGCCAUGAAUAACUAUCAGUGGCCUAGUGAACGAGAUAGAAAUAAGAAGGUAGCCGGUAUGCACGAGCUGGAUGCUAUUACUGCUCUCACUACUCAAGUUGCAUCAUUGGCCAAGCAACUGCAACAAAAUUCUAUGGCCACUCAGGUCAUGCAAAUCCAAGCGGUAUGUCAUAAUUGUGGUGGUCCUCACCCAUUUGAGAAGUGCAUGGUAGUUGAGAUGAACAACUCCAUUCUCAUGGAACAGGUGAAUAUGAUGGGAAAUUACAAUAGGCAAGCGAAUAGUCCAUUCUCCAACCCGUUCAAUCAAGGGUGGAGAAAUCAGCCUAAUUUUGCAUGGACAAAUAAUCAGGAAACUCGCUUAUCCAUCAGGAAUCUUGAGAUGCAAGUUGGUCAUUUGGCAAAUAUGUUACAAAUUAGGCCUCAAGGAAAUUUUCCAAGUAAUACAGAGGUGAAUCCUAAAGAGCAGUGCAAUGCAAUCUCUUUGAGGAGUGGGAAGAAGUUGGAAGAGCCAGUCAAGAAGUCUAUACCUGCACCAAAAGUUGAAGUUGAGAAUGAGGGUAAGGUAGAAGAAGAGGUUAUUGAAGACCUUGAGAAGAAUCAGUCACCAAAUAAACUACCUCCCAAGCUUAAAGAUUCGGGUAGUUUCGUGAUUCCUUGCUCAAUAGGAGAUACUGUUAUGACCAAGGCCUUAUGUGAUUUAGGGGCUAGUGUAAAUUUAAUGCCCUUAUCUAUUUUUCGAAAGCUAAAAUUGGGAGAAGCUCGCCCCACUACUAUGUCCUUACAAAUGGCAGACCGCCCUGUUAAGCAACCUCGUGGAGUAAUUGAGGAUGUCUUAGUUAAGGUUGGUAAAUUUAUCUUCCCUACUGAUUUUAUUAUUCUAGAUAUGGAGGAAGAUGCAAACAUUCCCAUUAUUUUGGGAAGACCAUUCUUAGCCACAGGGAGAACACUAAUUGACAUACAAAAAGGGGAGUUGAAGCUGCGAGUGCAAAACGAAGAGGUAACAUUUGAUGUUUUUGCAGCAACUGAUAUUCCAACUUGUUGUAGGGUGGAUGUGGUAUGUAGUGGUGGUAGUAAUUUGGAAACCACCAAGAGAAAAACCAAUGCUAAAAUUGGUAGUCGAGCAGUUCGUAAUUGUUUGAAACAGUUCUAUAGUGGAAAGGCUCGAAGGUUACACGAGCGGUGGAAGGCUCCGACAAUUAGUAACGUCAAAAGAUGA